CCUGUAUCAGCAGAGAGCGACGCUAAGGAGAAGAGUAAUGUUCUCUCCCUAUCUCCACAGUAGGUUUGGCUGGUACUUGGCCAAUCCGUUGGCAACGCCUUUAUUAUUAGUUCCAGAGUCACCGACCAGAGCGGACGGUCAAUAAAGAAUAUAAUUAUCAGUUGAUAUAAAGUGUUUUCAUUCAGUGGGAGAUCGUGGUCUUUACACUGGCGACGAGGAUAAAGCCGGAGAUUAAGUUUGUGCUAACCCUUUUGCAAGAAAAAGAUAAUCGAAUCGAUUAAAUCAGCAAACGUGAAGUGUGCAAAAGAAAUGAAUAAUUAUGACGGAGCUGAAACCUUUUCUAUGCCAGGCGAUGGACAAGGCACUAUGGCGUACGGAGUGGGAAAUGUGGCUGCGCGCAUUUACUAUAUAUGUGGACACGGAGGAGAUCACAAAUGUAUAUAAAAAGAGGAAUAAACUCCUUCACUUGGGUGGACCUCAGCUUCAGGCGGUUGUGUAUAGCAUUCCCGGCGCCUUGAUACCAUACGACGACAAGGCUAAAAAUGACGUGUUUACUCCUUUGGUAAGCAAACUAAAUGAGUAUUUUUCACCGCUGCGAAAUUCCGCGUUCGAAAGGCACCUGUUUCGAUCGAUGACACCGGUGGAAGGAGAAGGUUUUACGGAGUUUUUACUUAGAUUACGCCAACAAAUCGCUAAGUGUUCAUUUGGGGAGACUAAGAGACAAAUCGAAGAAAUCUGUUUAAUCGACAAAAUUAUUGAUGUCUGGGCCCCAUUAGACUUAAAGAAGAAAUUGCUUGAAAAUGAGCAAACUUUGGAGGAGGUCGUAAAAACAUGUUGCAUAGAUGAGCAAGUAAACAAACAAACGCAGUCUAUGGCCGCACCAACUACCGCAAGCAGCAUUAACAAAAUUAUACAGCACGACACGGGUAUGGAGUGCGGAAGAUGUGGUAGAAGAGGGCAUCGGGAAAACAGCGCGGAAUGCCCCGCUAGGAACAUGAGGUGCAGGAAAUGCGAUAGACUUGGGCAUUUUUAUAAGAAAUGCCGUACGAGGGUACGAAAAUCAAACUUCGGUAUGGAAGAACCGGAUCGAAAACGGCGACGUCAGGGAAAUACUAGGAUACAAUCAAUAAGUAAUGAAACUCAAAAUGAGUAUGGCGAUUCAAAGUCUACCAACCUGUUUAGAGUAGCAACUGAGCAAUCCGGCGAGGAAGAGAUUCGGUGUAAAAUAAGUGGUCAUACGGUCGCCAUGAUUAUUGAUUCGGGCUCAAAUGUCAAUGCCAUCAAGGCCUGCUCCGAUGCAACGACACCCGUUUCCGGAUGGACCCUGGAAAUGUCUAGCGACUGA